UAUGAAUUUUCUAAAAAUAUUUUUGACCACUGUGACAAUACAGUUCUGGAAUUUUGAAGCUUAAUGUGCACAUGGCCCACUGCACCGUACUCACUCCUCAUUACAGGAUCACUUUAUUUAUUAACCGUGCACCCAACCAAACCCAAAGGAUACCUAAUGGGGUACCAACCAUAAUUAUAAGCUCUGGUUUUCACCAUCUUCCUCUUGGACUAGAAGACAUGCCAGAAUAAAUACAACAUGCACCACAGAUUGAAGAGCCAGGGAACUAAAAUACUCUGUCUCUCAAGAGAAUUCAAAGAGAAUCUUUGGUUUUUGUUGCUGCAGCUGUAGCACUUGUCCCACAACUUGUUUGUAAAAACAAAAAAAGAGCCGGAAUGAUUGAUCUCAAGUCUUUUGAACACUUGAUGCAAAAAAGAUGCAAGAUGUUUUAGCUCAGUAUAAAGGGUAGCCUACAUUACGUCAUGGGCAGUUUAGUGAGCUGUGGAAAACUGAUAUACAUGUCCAAGAACACAUGGAGAGAUGUUGGAAUGCAACGAAGGACAUUUUCAGGAUUUACAGGACGUUUGAGUGCAUUAGUCUAUGACUACCUGCACACUCAAACAUGUCCAAAUCAAAGCAUUCUUAAAGUUAAUUGCAUAGGCCUACUCUGGAAUCUAGGUUAGCCUACUCAUAGGCUUCAACAUAUUAAAAGUCACAACUCUAGCCUACUUUUUAAACAUAGCUUACAUUUGUGAAGUUGUUGAGUCAAUCAAAACACUAUAUGCCUUAUUAUAUUAAUCGACAUCUAGUUCGGCACAAGGAGGAAAUUUCAGAUCUGUUGACCUACCUACCAAUAAACAAAAACAUAAUAAGCAGGCUGGCCUAGGGCCUAACAGGAGUGAACAUAUAAGCGUAUGGCCUAAAAAAAUACAGAUAAGAAGGCUAUGUUGCACUACAUCCACUAGGGGCACAAAACUAUCCUCGUGCGCCCAGGAUUUCAGCAAGCAAGAACGGAAGCUAAACAACGACAAAGAUGGCGCAGCCUUCAGACGUGAUGACCAACCUCGUUGAGCUCAUGAGAGGUGCUAUUACCGAAGAGUUCGGUGAAAAGCAUUUGAAUUCUUUAAAAAGUUUGACCACGGCCCUGCGUGUGCCGGACUUCAGGGAUAGUGUUAAAGAUGAUGUCUUUAAUGGACUCCAAACGGUGCUGGAAAAGUCAUUCACUGAGAUAAAGAGAGUGGUGGAAGAAACGGAAGAGAACUCAUCGAUUUGCCUUCAGAUGGCUACAGAAUGUUUCAGAAGUCUGAGAAAUGCAUGCAUCCAGUGUCACCACAACCAAUGUCGAUUGAGGGAACUGGGUUUCAUUCAAACGACAGUUGGAAUUCUCAGUGUAUUGUACAAACGUCAGCAUCGAGAAUCAGACUACCUCUUUGAUACUUUGCGCUGUGGGAUCCAAUUUCUUGGUAAUUUAGCAGUGCAGAACCAAAACUGCAAAGAUGACAUUUGGGUGCAUGGUUUUCCUCAACUCUUUUUGGGACUUUUGGACAUACAGGAUGAGAAAGCCAUUGCAUAUACCUGUAUGGCUCUUCACACCUGCUUGAAUGAGCAUAAAGUGGAACAGUUAACAAAACAGCCCGACUGCUUUAAAGUUGUCCUGAAGGUCAUGGAGCUCUGCAGGACACAACCAGAGCUAGACUGGACGAUUCUGAUUGUUACGGAGCACUUCCUCAAGUCCCAAGCGCUCAUUGCGAAGAUGCAUUCUGCAAUGAGCCCGCAGGAAUGGUUGACCCUGCUGGAGCUGAUUUCAGCUCACCUGGGAGAGGGGGGUGAGGAGUCUGAGCAGUGUGGAAUCCUUCCAUCCACAGCAGAGUUUUUGGCCUCAUGCUUCAAGGACAGUUGCAAAGCAGUUUUGUUGCUCAACUCUGGUUCCUCUUCAGAUGAUGAGGAGGCUAUUGUUGUGAUCCGACUCCUGGAUAUUCUCUGUGAGAUGACCUCAGACCUGAAAAUGUUCAUGUUUCUGCAGGAUUAUCCAGAUCUUCUGGAAACUACCAUUGUGCUUCUGAAAGAGGUGCAUUUCCUCGGGAGGGAAGGCGGGAACGUGUUCAGCUCGGCUCAGAACUUCUCUCAGAUGGGGACAGAGGGCGCCUCCUCUCACCCCGUUGUCAGCUUUAAGGCCCAUCUGGUGCGGCUGAUUGGAAACCUGUGUCACAGAAACAUUGCUAAUCAGAACAAGGUCAGAGAUUUAGAUGGCGUAGCACUUAUUCUUGACAACUGCAGCCUUGAUAGCAACAAUCCCUUCAUAAGCCAGUGGGCUGUAUUUGCUAUUCGGAACAUUCUGGAGAACAAUGUGGAGAACCAGGAAGUGCUUCAGACUCUGAAGAGGCAGGGUGUGGCAGAUGACUCCGCCCUGAGAGAUAUGGGUUUCCGGGUAGAGGACAGGGAUGGCAGUCUGCUUCUCCGACCUCUCAAGAAGGACCCUUAAUCCGCCUGAAGAGCAGAGCUGACAUGCCUGAGCCAUCAUAACAUCAGGAAGCUCAGGUGCUCCCUUCCCCCUUCAUCCACUAAUUGAUCCAGUGUAAGACCUCUGGACAAUGUUGCCUUGGCUGGGCACAAGACAUGAAUGUCUUGGGUCAUUUGAGGGGUUCGGGAUUCCAGUAGGACACUGUUCACAGGAGGGAAACUGACAUCAGUUGCUUACGUUUUUUGUUAAUUAUUUUCUGAAUUGAUAAUUGGCAGUGGAGACUCAGGCUUACACACCGAUGUGCACUUAGUCAUCUGCAUUUUAUGUCCUGCACCAACAGUGGUCAUAGGUCUUAAAAGUUCAUGGGGAUCAAAGUAACUGCUCUUUCCUGAGUUAAGUGUUGCUUUGAGAUGAUCAGUUGUGGCUGUUUAUUUCCCAGAUGAGCAAUCUUAACACUAUCUCUCUUUCAGGUAAAUAAUGUGAAACUAUCUUCAGUAAACAAACUUCAAACAUAAAAUCAGAGUUGAUCUUAAUACAAGAAAUAAAGGGGCCUCUGUGUCUAAAUCUGCAUUAACUUAAAGUCAAGCCAGAGUACAGUCUCUAGUGGUUCCACUUUUAUUGUCUCCAAUUGAGUCCUACCCAAGGACUGUAAGUCUAUGCGCAGGCAUAAAUCAGUCUGUUCUCAUUUCACUGGGUGUCAUAUGGCAUAUGCCUUCUGACUCUUGCCUCGAACUGGAACAACAGAGCCGUCGUUCGCAGUGAAUCGGACCAGAAGUAUGAGCUGGCAGAAUGACCCCCCUUGCCCCAUGGAUAAGCUGAGUUGUCCUGACACCACUACAAUGCCCUGCUUUACAGACCCAUCCUCUCCCUCAAGCCCCCCUGUUUUCUCUGCCUCAUAUUUUUUAAUGACAAAAUGUUUGUGUGAAACAAUCGGGUUUACUUUCCCCAAUCCAGCGUAUAGUGACGGGAGCUUAUGCGCUUCCGGUCCCCAGGAUUUCAGACGGCUAACAAAACACAUCUUUACUUCUGCUCUGCUGGCUGCCUGCAAUGCUUUUCACACACAGGAAAACCAGCGCGAGUGCUGGCUGGCUGGCUGAGGUGGAGUCAGUGGCUUUUCAAACUUUUACUGCAUAACAGCAGACAGAGUGACUCGAGUGUCAUUAUUAUUAUUAUUAUUAUUAUUAUUAUUAUUAUUAUUAUUGUGAUUAUUUACUACAAAACUCAUGGCAUCCAAACUGCAAAGAUGGGAGUGUGAAAUGAUAUGAUUUUCAAAAUAACGGUCAGAAGGAUCUCUUUGCUUCGCACAAUAAAAAACUGAAACCCUUUCAAUA